AUGCCACACAGAGGACGUAGAAGAAGUAGGAGAGGGAGAGGACGACCUCCAAUUAGGAGAGGGGGAAGAGGAGAAGCCAAUAGAAGCUCUUCCCAAGAGGGGUCGACUACCGAACCAUAUGCGCUUGUACCACCUCCUGAAUGCGCACCUCUCCCACAAACCGUACCACCUCCUGAAUAUGCACCUCCCCCACAAACCGUACCACCUCCUGAAUAUGCAUCUCCCCCACAAGCUGUACCCCCUCCUGAAUAUGCACCGCCCCCUCAAACUGCAACACAGUAUGAUCAAGACUUCAUGAGAUUGAGAAAGUUUGCACCGUCAUUAGCUGACACUAAAAAGAAACAGACAGAAAAAUUUGUGUUGGGAUUGAACCCGAAGACCCGCCGCAUGUUAGAGGCCUUUAACCCAAAAACCUAUGAAGAGGCCCUAAGGAGGGCCAAGGUCCUAGAGGAACCCCCAGAGGAAAAGAAAACGGAGCAAACAGUUGUCAUAGGGAGGAAACGCCCUGUCCACAGAAUUCCAACCACCGCCCCAGAGACCUCGAUAUCAGAGUAG